AUGGAGUUGAAAGUGGAAACGCUAGUGGCUGCUGAGCAGCAACCCAAGCUUCAGGAGAAUGCGCCACAGGGUGCGCAAGUGGCUGCGGAGCCCGAACUGGAGGGCUCCCUGAACAAUGCUGAGGCUCACGACAGUGUGAUAGAAGAAGUGGAGGAGGAAGAAGAAGAAGGUGAGACCAGAUGCGUCUGUGGCGAGACGGAUCCGCCCGAUGGAUCGGGGCUGUACAUUCAGUGUGAGCAGUGCUCUGUGUGGCAGCACGGGUACUGUGUUGGCAUCGCGGAUGGCGAGGACAGCCGUGUGGAGAAGUAUUGGUGCGAGCAAUGCAAGCCCGAACUGCACCACCUCUACGUAGAGGUCACCACCGGAAGGAUCAGAUCCAUCUACAAACCCGUGCAAGAGAAGAGGCGACAUAAUCGCAGGAACAACAGGCAUGCAAAGGUUCCCGGUCCGCCUUUCGAGGGCGAGGUUGAUCACGAUGAGUCGAAGAAAGAUGGGGGACAAGCUGAUACAAUUGCAUCGAAUUCACUGGAGGAAGCAGCGCAUGGUAGCAGCGAUAAUGGAAACGGUGUUUCUACCAGUAGUGGUGACAGUACUUCGGCCUCGAGACCACGACUGUCACGUGGCAGCAAUCAAGGCUCGUCAAAGGACAAUAUAAAUGGUAGCGCUGGUAGUGGCGACGGCGGCGAAAAGCUCCACAGCGAUGAUCCAAGGACGGCUGAUGAUGAUUAUUUUAGCCUGGAUGAUGACAAAAGGCUUCAGGAUAGGAGACGGGCGACCUUUUCAGCUAGGGAAGAGAAACAGUACCAGCUCAUGCUCGAGAAAGCCAUUCAGGAGAGCCGUAGAACUUCUCACCAAGAAGACACAGAUCCCAAUGCGGCGGCAAUAUAUGAUGAAAGUGAUAACUUGCACCCAAAAGAUCAAAAUAGUGCAAAUGGCAAUGGUAACGUAAUAGUGAGGCAAGAUACGCACUCUACAUUGACCGCAGAUGAACUGCUCGCAAGACGGUCAGAUUCAGAGUUGAAUAUGGCUAAUUCAGGGACAUACACUGAGUCUGCAAGGGUAUCAACUGUAAAUUACUCGUCGGUAUCUCCUCCACCAAACAAACAGAUAUCGCAAUCAAGAUCGCAUUCUUCUAACUCAGCAUCAGAGAAUGAUUCGAAGAGAAAUAACAGCUCAAGGAGAUCACAAAGAGGUCCAAAGACAGGGAGGAGGGGGAAACAAGCUGGCGUAAGUAAAAAUAAUGAUGGAAGAACAAGAAAAAACACUGGCAUUAAUGGUAAUGACAGCAAUAAUAAUGGCACUUCAAGUGGUAAAACCGAUAUUGGUAUAAAUAAACCAAUGAAGCCAAGACUGCCACCGCAAAGGACGACCUUAGGCGAGAUGAGAAGAAGGGUAUCUGCAAUUUUAGAAUUUAUAUCAAGAACUCAGUGGGAGUUGAGUGAGGAGCAUUCAUCGAAGGACGAGCUCGUACGAUUUGUUGAAAAUGAACAAUUCAUAGAACAAGUCGAUUCCAUAUUUGAAAAGUAUGAUCAAAGCUUCAAAUUGAUGGAUGAUUUAACACGGGCUCUAUUGUUAUGGGAAAAAAAGUACUCGACAAGCCCCAGCGUUAAUUAG